GUCUUAAUGAAUCUGUCAAAAUCAACAAACGUGCACGACGGAGGAAUUUGGCCCCAAACACCUACUGAUGCCGCUGUCGGCAACCAAAAGACUCCCAAAGAGAGUCCUGCCUGUUGCCCAGAUGCCUAGUAACUGCUUUAAUGUAUUCAGCCCAACCUUGUUUUAUUUCAGAUAUAAUUUCAAUCACCAGAUUUAAUACAUGAUUUGCAGUGAUUAUCUCCUGAUUUACCCACUUGAACAGCAAAAGGAAUGCAUUGAGAAGGGCUGAGCUGCCGUGCUUUGCUGGUGUCCUGAGUGUGAGCUGUUUCUCCUGUUACUCACCAGCAGCUCAGACCUUUUCCACCCACCAAGUUUUACUCUUUCCCAUGUAGCAGCUGCAUCCCCCUUAGUACACGCCGCGUUGUGUCGCACUAAUUCGCUGGGUGCCUUGCAAGCUUGCCUCGGCUCUUGGUGGCUUUUGGAGUGUGUCGAAAGUCAUCGGGAUACAGACGGGCUCCGUCAGGAAAUGAUAGCGGGACGAGAUCGGCUAUGGGAACGGCUCGCUGAGGUCUGGCCGGGCUGUGGUUGCCUGUAACUCCGCCGGAGGAGAGGUGCGUGAUCCUCUCUCACUUGAUGUGCUUGCUGGACUACAAGAGGAUCUCCUCAUUUCCUGGGAAAUCAAAUUUCCCCAUUGUUCAGCUGUAAAAUAGCUGCACAAGGCCGUGAUUGGCAAAGGACUGGAUCACCCAGGUUGCUUACAUCACGUAGGCAGCUACCACCGAAAUGACACACUUGAUUGAAGGCCAAAAGAACCGUAUACGUAACUGCCUGUGAUUAAGCUCCAUAUGAUGCCUCAGAGCAAGUAAAAACCCCUCCUUCAUCUCAUCGUGUUUGUAAUGAGACAACCGUUGCAGGGAUAUCAUUUGGGUCAUGUUGUGGCUUUUGGGGGAUUUUUUUGGUUUGUUUUGGGGGGUUUAUUUUGCUUCCGGCUGUAAACUUCCAUGACCUGCAACAAUCUGCCGUUGCUCCCUUGCGUGAUGCCCCAUGAGAGCCUGGUGCUGUAGGUGUGCUGGUAGCUGGGAAUACAAAUUUUACCAGGGAGAAGAUGCCAUUCCACCAUGUAACAGCUGGCUUGUUGUACAAAGGCAACUACCUGAACCGCUCACUCUCCGCUGGCAGCGACAGUGAACAGCUAGCGAAUAUCUCCGUGGAGGAACUGGAUGAAAUCCGUGAAGCUUUCCGGGUGCUGGACAGGGAUGGGAAUGGUUUUAUAUCCAAGCAGGAGCUGGGCAUGGCAAUGCGUUCCUUGGGAUACAUGCCCAGUGAGGUGGAGCUGGCGAUUAUCAUGCAACGCCUUGACAUGGAUGGGGAUGGCCAGGUUGAUUUUGAUGAAUUUAUGACUAUUCUGGGACCUAAGCUGGUAUCAUCGGAAGGCAGAGAUGGCUUUCUGGGAAAUACAAUAGACAGCAUAUUCUGGCAGUUUGACAUGCAGAGGAUAACACUGGAAGAGCUGAAACACAUCCUCUACCACGCCUUCCGGGACCACUUAACGAUGAAGGACAUUGAGAAUAUCAUUAUCAAUGAAGAAGAGAGUUUAAAUGAAAACUCUGGCAACUGCCAAACAGAGUUUGAAGUGCACGCCCAGAAGCAGAACAGACAGACCUGCGUACGGAAGAGCCUUAUCUGCGCAUUUGCCAUGGCCUUUAUUAUAAGCGUGAUGUUGAUUGCGGCCAACCAGAUCCUGCGGAGCGGCAUGGAGUAGCCUCUCGCCAUGACACUGUGAACCAAACUGACCAUGCAUGCGCAUGCCACCGGGUGAGCUUCCCCCGAACCGACUAUCACGGCAAAGAGACAGAGGCAGGCAGAUAAAGCACUAUUCGACAAGGAGCCUGAGGCCAGCAGCGUAAUGUGUCUUGUGAAUCAACUACAUCCUUUUUGGCAGGGACAUAAAAGGGCUGUCUUAAUGCUUUAAAGGUUUUGUUUCCUAAUGCAAUAAAAAAAAAAAAAAUACAGGAGUCCCGAAUUAUUGCUUCAAAACAGCGAUGGUAACUUGGAAGAAACUUUCACCCAGCAGCCUGUUUUGCAGAUUUAAGGAGGCACAGCCUCAUGACUUGCUGCAGCGGAGCUGUCUUUUAACCUAGGGGCCGACUGACUAUUCCGCGUAGCUCUCCACUGGGCCCUCAUUCCCAGGAAGUUGAUCGUAGCAUUGCCACAAGCAAGUCCUGUUCGUUUUAUUUCAUGUACUCCAGCUUCACUUUGUUUUUCCCUUAUGACCAUGCCUUUGAGUUUACGGCAUUAGAGGGGAGCUAGAGCAUCCUUGUACAGUAUUUUCAGAGUAAAAAAAGAGGAGAAUUUGCCAGCAUCAUACAAAAUUUCUAUUUUUGCUUUAUAAACGCCGCCUUUGACACAAGACUGUGGGGUAGCAUGAGUCUGCCAUCUUUUUCUGACCGUGAAUCAGGGCUUGAGAAGCACCACCCGUUUCCACACGUGGGAAUUUCUGAGAUUUGUGCACAGUCUUCCAACCGACUCUGCAACCACCAGCGCCAGUUAAAACUCCCUCUAUUUGGUCACGUCUGCAUAUUCAACAGCAUUUGCUUUCCAGCAGUUUUGCCCUUCUUCUAUAUUGGUCUUCAGUAACCUUAUCUGAGACGAAAAUCAUGAGGAAAAGCUCAGAAGAGCUUUCCUCCCCUCUCCUCGCCUGCCCAAUUUUUAUUUAUUUCAUUUGCCCUGUUUGUAAUCUGCAGUGGAACCUUUGUGUCAGACACCUUCUCGUGGGAGAGGUUAUGUUGCUGCCUACACGGCAGUGUGUGGUUUUGACCAGCCAGCUGCUCCGGUCCCUCUCAGGAGUCAUCCCACCACCACCACCACCAUCCCAUGGGCAGGCUCCAAAGAGGGUAAGCUGAAAAGCAGACUGCAGCAAGAGAAGAAGGAAUCAAAGUAGAGCAUACCACCAUAUGUUACGUAGUGUGUCAGACUUUCAGAUCCUGCGAGUGUUAGUUAUUUUUCCUGGAAGAGAUUUUAAUGAGCAGCAAGGACAAGAUGCAGCGAUGCAGACUAGAGACACGACACGUCCUGCAGAAAGUGCAAGGACUGGGUGAGCCUGGAGUCAGGAUUACAUCUGAAAGCAUAUUUCCUUUUAAACUUGACACAAAUCUUUGCAUUUACCUUCAGAUGAACUGUGUGCCUGUGUGUCACCCCGGGAGAGAUCUGGUUUCUGGUUUCCUCGUCCUUGCAGAGAGGUUUCCCAGCUGGUGCUCAUAGAGCCGGCGCAGGGAGCGCUCCUGGGGAGGUCCAUGGAGGCACCCGGGCAUUGGAGUUGCAGUGGUUUUGUCCUGCCAGCUGGGCGAGCUGCAGAAACACCACGGAACAGCGAGGUCUUGCUCCUGUAAAUGCAGAUGACUGUUUCCUGUGUCACGAGAUGGGGCAGGACGGCUCCCCAGGGGUCUGCAAACCACGGGCUUCCCUCGUCCCACACAGCAGCCAUUGGCUUAAACCUGGAUCUAUCCCAAAGACUCAUUUCAGGUCUUUCUUUGAUUACGAGUUCGAUCGGUAACAUUUAAUCUGUAUUUUUUUAGUGGCCUGAUUUGAAAAUUUGCUUCUUGUUGUUCUGUCUCCCAUCACCCCUUUAAACUUGUGUCAUCACUUUGGAUUUUGCCUUUAGGUGUGUGUCUCAGUCGCCCACCUCCACAUUGUUGCCAUUUUCCUGGUGCUCCCCCUCCAUCACCGAAGAUGACAGCCGUCUUUUCCAGAGCAGCUGAGUUAUUUUUUUUCUGCCUUUCACAAACACACACUUCUGUAUUUCUGUUCUGCUGUGACUAAUAGAGGUCAACUGCAAAAUAUUCCGCAAAAAUUGUUACAUCUCCCAGAAGAUGGAGAGAUUUAUGUUUGCGAUAGGGCAGCAGCAGACUUCAAACCAACAGCGGAAAAUCUUAGGCAAGCUCUGAGUGCAGGAUUCGCACUGCUGGGGAGCCAAGGCGCGCGCCCAGCACUCGCUGCACCGGACAUUGCAGAUAACGAGCUCUGAGAUCGUUUUAAGGGAACAAACUGUCAUCCACAUUUUUAGGUCUCAGGGGCAUGUGAAAAGGUGGCAGCAGCAGGAAAAAAAAGUCUAAACGUUACUUGCCACUGGGUAAUAAUUAUUAAGAUUUCUUUUUUCCCCCUGGGACUGUGGUGGAGUGAAUGUGGGCAGCAGGGGCAGAUGGCGAUGGAGCGGAGAAGUGGGCACCGACCCGCCAGCCCCACGCGGCAACGGCAGAAACAUGAGGCAGAGCGGUGCCUCUUUGCUGAGCCCAGACACACAAGCUAAAACACAUAGACCAGGCAUUUCUCCACAUUCUUCUCACUCAUCUGACACAUAAUACCAGGCAGACUCCAAUUAUAACAGCUACCUUACGGAUGAGAUGAUCUUUUGCAUUCCUUUAAGCUUUCUGGAAAGCUCCAUAAUUUCUACAUGCAUGCUCCAUAAAAACCUUUGUAAAUACAGUCAUUUUUCAGUAUAAUUCUUCACCUUGAAGCUCCAUUUGUAAAAUCAAACCUAUUAUUAAUAUAUCGGUAAAAGCCAUAGCCUGGUGUCAGUAGAGUUCCUUGCAAAACUCCCCACUGAUUUUACUGGGUACAGGAUUUGGGAGGGUUUGGGUUUGCUUUUUCUGUAAGGAACCCAAUUUAUCCAUUAUGAAUCGGUGUCAUGUCUUGCCAGAGGUCUCUUUUUCCAUCCUAGAGCAGCCUUUCUCCAUCUAAAGGCGUCUUGAAGAAAUCCUUUCUUUAAUCAGUCAGGCUCUUCUGAUAGCUAGCAGCAAUGCAGGAUGGAUCAGGCCAAGCCAUUUCAUCCUUUCCUCUCCCCACAACCUUUCUACCGACACCUUCCCAUCCUUCUUCACCAGCAGCAUUGGACCCGUGUCUCUUACCUACCUCCCUGGCUCCAUUUAUGUAACAUCCAUUUACCUUUUUUUUUUUUUGUCUUCUACACAAGAAGGAAAAAAAAAGGGGGGGCUUUUUGUUGCUUUUACAGACAGUAGGUAAAAAUAGAGCAGUAAAAUUUUGAUUGGAACCUGAUGGCAAAAGCUUAGAGGGAAGAAAGUAGAAGAAUCAAAGAAAUAAAAAUAAAAAACCCCACAUCCCAUACUUUAAGGAAAAAAAACCCUAUUUAAGUGCUAAUUAACAUACUUUAAAAAAUACCCAGACUGCAGCAGUGCUAGGUAGAGCUGUCAGAAAAAGCACUAAACUUAUGCUCUUGCCAGUUACAUGAGAAUUUAAGUGUCUUUUCAGCACUGCAAUUCUGUAUGAAAAGGAUAUUGCUAUGGCAACCCUCGCUGUUCGUGACAUGUGUGCCACCGUGUCGGAGCGACACACAGCAAUUGCAGACGUGCUCCCAGCCAAACCAAGGAUGGACAAACAGCUCCCAACAGCCCGGGACAGCAUUUCAGCCCACAGAUUAGCAAAUUAUUAGCAAAUUGUGAGCACCCCAAAGACGACUCUGUUGGCUUAGCCACAAAAAAAAAAGUGUGCAAUUAAAAAGAUUGACAUGCAGGGAAGGCUUCAAGAUGGGCAUGAUUAUUUUAGUUUGAGAGAGGCUUUGGUUUGGUUUGGGAGCAAGUGAAAUCAAUGCAGCAUAAGCACUGCUUGACACAGGCUGUCCUGUGCUUGUCGAGAACACUUUGGGCAGGUCCUUCACGGAGGGAUCGAUCUCUGAUGGGAAGGAUUUGGGUUACUGCUCCUGCAAGGCACUAGGCUGCAUCGCUGAUAGCCAUUGGCUUUGACUUUAACCACUGACUUUAACUUGGAAGGCACAUCCUGAUUUUCUGCUCCUGGAAAAGCCAACGAGAGAACAGCAGGCGUGUGGUGUGCUGAAAUACUUUGGAGGCCACAGAGAAGUGAAUUGCAGCAAAAGCUGCUGAAUGAGCAUUGCUCACCUGGCAGGUCCAAAACCAUACCAUAAGGUCAGCCAGAAAGAAAAUCACAGCUGAGGAGUUACUGGGCAGGACAAGGGCACCAUGGUGGUGGAGGUGGCCCUGGGGAGCAGGCUCCUGCCCACGACAGGCUGUGCCACCCAAGGACUUCGUUGGGGCCUGACUCUCUUGACAAGUCCACCACUGAGAAGUAAUUUCUAAUCAGAAGCAGUAUCAACAGUAAUUAAAGAAUUAAACAGGGUGGACAACUGGGAAGACUUGGCUUUGUUAGGGAGAAUUUGGUCCUCGUGCUGUUGGAGUUCACAGAGGACAAAAGGGAGUUGACAAAGAAAAAGCAAUUCUUUUUCGUGUUUGAUGGGUACCUGCAAAUAUGCCCGUUACUGUUAGCAGUCACCCUGUCCUGGUGAAGGUGCUCACAGACCCCCCAGGACCUGUGAGCAGAAGGGUAGGAGGUGGUAAGAGACCCAGAUACUGCCCCUGCUCCGAGGUGAGCUACAGCUGAAUGGUUGGGUAUCAUCUGGUGAUCUGGAGAGAUUUCAUACAGACUCUUCAGUGGUUAUUGGGAGCUCACAUGUUGGAUAUGGUGCACUGGUAGGGCUGGACCUUGGUUGCUUUACAUGGGAGACUUCCAGCAACUUUGUAAAAGAAAUCUACGUGUAUAUACCCACCUAUUUAAGCUGGGCUAAGUAAAUGGGGCUUUUUGGUCCUUCUCCCGUAAGAAACAGGAUAGCAAGCAAGCAAGUCAAGAAAAGGUAGAAAGCAUUCCCAAGGAUGCUACUCUCUGGACAGUUAAAGUCUGUCUGACAGACUUGGAUAAGCAAAGUACCGACUGGUAAACACUUUUUUCCAUGGAAAGCAUAGGAAUAUUCUUUCAGAAAAACCACACUGCAUCUUUCUGCCUGCUGCAGAAGACCAAAACAUCUCCUGGGACACCCGGAGGACUGUGAUGGCUGUCCGAGGUCCAGUGCUGGCUCUUCUCGAGAUGGCACGCUGCUUUGCGAGGUGCCUGGUACAAAGAGACUCUCAGCUUUUUCCACGAAAGACUGUCUCCCCCCCGCAUCGUGCGCACGUGCGCGGAGCAAGCAGUGCUGCAAAGGGCUGUCAUCUCACAGAAGCAAGAGGUGCACAGUCCCGAGUCAGACUUAGAUCUGCGAGGAGAGAAGCAGUAGGAGGAAUACAUUAAGAUCAGUAAGAAUGAAGUUCCCUAUUUUAUCCACCCGUGUAAUAAAUUAUUUAGUUUCUGCUUUAUGGAUGACUAUUUGAAAGAAGAAAAACCAACUCUUCUAAAAUGAGAAUCUGAUGAAGUAUCUUUUUUCUUGGCUCUGAAUCAUGCUUACAUUCCACAGAUGAAGAUGUACAGAACUUGCUGGUUUUCAAUCUAUUAUUUUACUGCACUGUGUUCUGACAGUGCAAUUACAUUUCCCUGGCAUCGCUUAAAACCUAUUACUUUCUCAGGAAUUUAAUACAGAAAAAGAAAAGGCUCACAACAUUUUCAUCUCUAUAUACUGUUGGUUGUUAUCGGGACUGGAUCAUGUUUUUCUCCAGUUCAAGUAGGAUGUUUUAGGCAGCUCUAGGAACUGUAGAAGCUUCACCAAGAGUAAGAUGGACAGAAAAUCUGACAACAACAUUUUAAUUGCAGUACUCCACUCCUACCUCUCCAGUGACAAAAGUCUGAAAAACUGCCUCAGUUUGGCAUCUCCACUAUGAAAGAAUUUCAGCCCCAGAAGUGAGGAGAAGAGGGAGAAAGGAGAAAAAAGAAAUCCUCUGGAUCUAAAGAUCAGUACUUGACAAUUUGAUAAUGAAAAUACCAUAGAUUUUUUAAUUAUUACUAUUUUUUGUCAAGACAGGCCAAAAUACUUUGUAGCCUUGAAGAGCAUUACUAAAUGAAAUUUCCAUUUUCCAACCAAUUAUUUCCUACAGCUGUUCGUGGCCGUCUUUGCCAGCAUCAUGAAUAAGCAGCUUCAAACGCUGCUAUUUCACAAGGCUUUAGGUGAGAACCAUAGUAUGACUUUCCUUUAUCAGCUGGUCUUCUGUCUUCACCAGCCAACAAGCAGACAUUUGACCACCCUAUUUGAAGCUGCUGAGCUCACUCUAGCAGGUGCCCCUCUGGUCUUGCCAGCGCUCAGGCAUGUCUCGUCUCUCUUGUGAGCAGUCCCACUAAACCCAAAACGUGCAGCCAAUGUGUUUGCAGCAUCAGGCCCCUGGGGUUGCCAUCUGACAGCAAUCUUCGAAUAAAUGCCUCUAUAUUCAUAUUGCACCAGCCCAAGAACGGUAUUACAUUUUCUACCAUCUCUUUCAGAGGAGCCAAAGUUAUUUCAGCUUCAUGCAGCAGCUCUUGUUUUCUCAGAUUUUAAUCAGGGUGGGGGGUGGAAGAGAGAUGAAGUUCCUCUCAGACUCCAGGGUAAAUCAGAAGUAACUCAUUAGAGUUAAUUGGCUUAAACUGGAAUAAGCCCAGAAUCCAGCCUGUUGCCAUUUAAUCCAUACUAGGAUCUAAGUAAUCAAUGCCUCCUGAUUCAUCUCUAGGAAGUUCUUCACUAAUACAUGCAUCUCCUUUUUGUCACCAUUUCAUCCCUCACUUUUUUCAGGCUGUUUACCAUUCAUUGUUAAAAACUGACCAUUUUUUGCUUGUUAACAAAAGACAUGGCAUUUUAAAGACAAGUCACAAAGUCAGCAGCAUAAUGGUAAAAAAAAAAACCAACCAAAACCACCACAAAAACCCCCUUUGUACAAAAUACUGUAAAUAUUAAUAUAAAUUAACUUGGCAUGCAACUCAAAUAAAUCCUAUGUUAUUGCAAGUUACCAGAGUGUAUAAAGACAUGUAUAAAGGAAAACCGAAUGCCAUAUGUAUCGGCUGUUUCCUCUAACCAAACACUACUGUAAAUAUAUAAUCUGUAUAAAAAGAUUUUAAUUUUACCAUUAUUUAUGCAAUAGAAAUAAAGUUUUUUUUCUUUU